AUGCAAUUGAAUGUCGAAGGCUUCAGUAAAUCUAAGGCGGAAGUACUAGAAAGAAUCGCGACGGAAGAAAAAAUAGAUGUACUUGUUGUUCAGGAAACUCACACAGCCGAUCAGGAACAACUAUCGAAAAGAGGGCACAUUACUGGAUUUACAAUCGCUGGUGCUACCUUUCACAGCAAAUACGGUACCGCCACCUACAUAAAAAGCGAUCUUAAAUGGAACCACAUUAGAACCUCUGAAGAAAACAGCAUCUACACUAUUGAGACUCAAGUUGGAAACCUACUUGUAACUAAUAUCUAUAAACCUCCAAAUACCAUAUGGCCUACACCUGUACUCCACUCGCCUAAUUACCCUACUAUUUACAUAGGCGACUUCAAUAGUCAUAACACUAUGUGGGGAUACAACGAAAAUGACACUCAAGGAGAGGAACUUGCUGAUUGGAGUGAAGCCGAGGGACUAGAAUUAGUUUUCGACGCUAAACAAAGGGGAACGUUCCGAUCUGCAAGAUGGAAUAGGGAAUAUAAUCCGGAUCUGUGCUUCAAAUCUACGGAUCAAAAUGGCACUACUUUACCAACUUCAAGAAGAGUCCUAACGGACUUCCCAAACAGCCAACACAGACCGGUCGUUAUUGAAGUCGGUUUUCAAAUCCCGACGAUUAGGUCGAUUCCCAGGGCAAGGUGGAAUUUCCAUAAAGCUAACUGGUCUUUGUUCACUAAAACUUUGGAUGAUAGCGUACGGUGGAUUCCUCCCUGUAUUGAAAAUUACAAACGUAUCACAAAGCUCAUCAUCAACACCGCAAAAAAGAGCAUUCCCCGUGGCUAUAGAAAGAACUACGUCCCUGGAUGGAACGAUGAAUGUGAAACACUAUACUCCUCUUUCAAAAGUACGGGUAAUUAUGAUUAUGCAAAGAAGACUCUAGAAGCACUUAACAAUCAACGCCGCGAAAGAUGGAUACAAUUAGUAGAAAAAACAGACUUUAAGCACUCAAGCCACAAAGCUUGGUCACUCCUUCGAAGACUGGGAUCUAAUGGAGAGUCCAAACCAAGCUAUUCACCGAUUAACCCAAAUCAGAUAGCAAAUCACAUACUUGGACU